GAGGGGCCUGGCCUCAUGUGGCUCCAGGGGCUUACCCAAGUUGCUUUUGAUCAUGCUGUAAGCAAGCUAGCACAGCUCCUUAACAGUUUACAAGUCAUUAGAGAUGAUACAGGUCGCCACUAAUCUUAUCACAGCUGGAGGAGUUGGACUGCGUCAUGGCUUCUCUGGAGACCAAUGAGAGACUUGGGGAAACCUAGACCUGCCCUGUCCUGGACUUGGACCAUGGCAUAUGCUGUAAUUAAAAAAUAAGAAUUGGUGCCGGAGGGACGGUUCAGUCAGUGCACGAGGACCGGAGUUUCAUCACCAGAACCCGUGUGAAAAGAAGUUAGGUAUAGUGGCACACAUUUGUAAUCCCAGAAAUCCGAGGCAGAGAUAAGAAGAUCCCUGGGACUCACUGGCCAGCCAACCUAGCCUUUGGCCGGUUUCAGGUCAGUGAAAGGCCUUUCUCAACACCACCACCACAAGGUGAGCAGCACCUGAGCAACAGUAUUUGAGGUUGGUCUCUGGCUUCUGAUGUACAUGGCACCCACGAUCACAGCAAUGCCAAGUGAGUUCACCUCUGUAAAGCUGAGAAGCGAUUGCUCAAGGACCUCCCUGCAAUGGUACACCCGAACCCAGAACAAGAUGAGAAGACCCAGCUUGUUACUAAAAGACAUUCUCAAGUGUACAUUGGUUGUGUUUGGAGUGUGGCUCCUGUACAUCCUCAAGUUAAAUUACACCAUUGAAGAAUGUGACAUGAAAAGAAUGCAUUAUGUGGACCCUGACCGCAUAAAGAGAGCUCAGAAAUACGCUCAGCAAGUCUUACAGAGCGAGUGCCGGCCCAGGUUCGCGAAGAAAGCCAUGGCUCGGUUAUUUGAGCACAGAUACAGCAUGAACUUGGAGCCUUUUGUGCAGAAGGUGCCCAGGGCCAGUGAAGCCGAGCUCAAGUAUGACCCUCCUUUUGGAUUCCGGAAGUUCUCCAGUAAAGUCCAGAGCCUCUUGGAUUUGCUGCCCGAGCAUGACUUUCCUGAAUACUUGAGAGCCAGACGCUGCCAGCGCUGCGUGGUUAUCGGGAACGGGGGCAUCCUACAUGGGCUGGAGCUGGGCCACGCCCUCAACCAGUUCGACGUGGUCAUAAGGUUAAACAGUGCACCAGUUGAAGGUUAUUCCGAACAUGUUGGAAAUAAAACUACCAUAAGGAUGACUUACCCGGAGGGUGCGCCACUGUCGGAUGGGGAAUACUAUGCCAAUGACUUGUUUGUUACCGUUUUAUUUAAGAGUGUUGAUUUUAAGUGGCUUCAAGCAAUGGUAAAAAAUGAAACUCUGCCAUUUUGGAUUCGGUUCUUCUUCUGGAAGCAGGUGGCAGAAAAAAUCCCACUCCAGGCAAAACACUUCAGGAUUUUGAACCCAGUUAUCAUCAAAGAAACUGCCUUUGACAUCCUUCAGUACUCUGAGCCUCAGUUGAGAUUCUGGGGCCAAGAUAAGAACAUUCCCACGAUGGGUGCCAUUGCUAUUGUCUUAGCCACACAUCUGUGUGAUGAAGUCAGCUUGGCAGGCUUUGGAUAUGACCUCAGUCGACCCAGGAUUCCUCUACAUUACUUCAACAGUCAGUGCAUGGGUGCCAUGAACUCGCAAGCCAUGCACAAUGUGACCACAGAGACCGAGUUCCUCCUGAAGUUGAUCAAGGAGGGUGUGGUAAAGGACCUCAGUGGGGGCAUCCAUUGUGAAUUUUGAGCACAACAAACCUCAAUUAGAAAUGCAGAGAACUGUGGUGAGCAACCCCCACUUGCAUUUCAGCCUGCAACUGCUUUGAUGUGCAGCUGCUGUUUUUAAACUUUUAAUUAAAAAAGAAAACAAAAACAAAACACAAAAAAGGAACAACAAAAAGGUUUAGCUCUCCCCACUUCUUUGCCCUAUUUGUUUGAAGUCUGUGUUGGGUUUUGCACAUUUUUAUAAGUUAAUUUUAAGAAUGGGAUUGGAAAGACUUUUCAAAGAGAAUCAUAUGGAAUGAUACUUUAUUGUAUUUUAAGGAAAUAAUUUAAUUUGCAGAAAUGACGCAUGUCAUCUGCACAGUGAGUAGCAGGUGAUGGGGUGGGAGGAGAGGGCCUUUGUCCCUUGGAUGAUGGCCCUGGUGCCCGAUUCUGGAUUCUGCUGCUCUGUUUGGUAGAACUGAUGGCAGAGAAACUUCCUGCUUCCUGGACGAAGGGCUUACUCAUCACCACUGGCAGGGGCAGGAGGUUGGGGGCCGCUAGACAAGUUCAUAACCCCUUUCUGCGGUCCUUCUUCUGCCAGAAAAGUCACAGCAGCCAGUAGGAGUGAGCAGCGGCCUGGAGCGUGUUGGUCGGUGGGCCGCUGUUUGCCGCACACUGUGGUGUUGCCUCAGGCUGCAGAUGCUGUGUCUUCCCACACUGUCAGGACACUUUCCAACUCAAGAGAAUUUUUUUUUCUGCCCUUUCAAUGCACUUAAGUGUUACUUAAGACACCGUUUGUCUGAGGAAGCACAUCGAAACUGUGACAAAGCCUCGGUUAUCCAGAACCAUGGGGGGAACGAGCCCUUUCCGUGGAUGAUCACAUUUCUGAAGCACUGGAGUAAAAUCCUCCCAUUGUUAGAACUUGCUCAUUUAAAAAAAAA